UUUCCGGGCACCCGGGAGCUUUCGCUUUCGCUUUCGCUUCCAGCUGGCGUCUUCGCCCCGCGGGAGCCGCCCGCCGCCCGCAUCCUGCCAGCCGCGUCCCGACGGCCAGCGCGCCCCCGCCGCGGCCAUGGCGCAGGCCGUCGUCCUCGGCGAGGUGACCCAGGUGCUGUGCGCGGCCGGGGGCGCCUUGGAGCUGGAGGAGCUGCGGCGCCGCUUGCGGGAGGGCGUCGGCGGCGACGCGCUGGAGCGGCUGCUGCGGGAGCGCGGCCGCUUCGCGGUGGUGGCGCGGGCUGGCGGCGCGGGGGCCGUCGCUCAGCGCGUCGUGGUGGCCGUCUCGGCGCUGCGCCUGUGCCGCGCGUAUCAGAGCCCCAAGCCGGGCUGCGUGGGGCUGUGCGCGCAGCUGCACCUCUGCAAGUUCUUGGUCUGCGGGGCCUGCAAGUUCAUGAGGGCCGGGAAGAACUGUAGAAACAGUCACAGCUUGACGACAGAUCACAACCUGAGUGUGCUGAGAACUCACGGUGUUGACCACCUCAGCUACAGUGAGCUCUGCCAGCUUUUGUUUCAGAAUGACCCCUGGCUUUUGCCAGAGAUCUGCCUUCAUUACAACAAAGGAGAUGGACCCUAUGGCUCUUGUUCCUUUCAAAAGCAGUGUAUCAAACUGCAUAUCUGCCAGUAUUUUUUACAGGGUGAAUGCAAGUUUGGCACUGGCUGUAAGAGAUCUCAUGAUAUCUCUAAUUCUGAGAACCUGGAGAAACUGGAGAAGUUGGGCAUGAACUCCGAUCUGGUGAGCAGGCUGCCUUCCAUAUACAGAAAUGCUCAUGACAUCAAGAAUAGGAGCUCCACCCCCAGCAGAGGGCACACUCCUCCCCUAGGCCCUCAGGGGACUUCUGAAAGAAGAGAUAGUUCAGGUUGUGGAUCCCCAAACAGUAGUAACCAGGAGGAGAAUGAUCAGAUCUGCUUAUACCACAUCUGGAAAAGUUGUAGCUUUCAAGAUAAGUGCAAUAAAGUCCAUUUCCAUUUGCCCUAUCGAUGGCAGUUCUUGGACAGAGGCAAGUGGAAGGAUCUGGACAAAAUGGAGCUGAUUGAAGAGGCAUAUAGCAAUCCCAGAAAAGACAGGAUCCUCUGUGCCGAGUCAGCCAGCAACUUUCACUUUGAUUGUCUAGACUUUGACUCCAUGAUGUUUGGUGCUGCCCCAGCCCGGCGCCUCUCCACAGCCUCCUCAGUUACCAAACCUCCACACUUCAUCCUCACCACUGACUGGGUUUGGUACUGGACUGAUGAGUUUGGUUCUUGGCAUGAGUAUGGAAGACAAGGCAUGGAGCACCCUGUGACUACUGUCUGCAGCAGCGAUUUGGAGAAGGCCUACCUGGCCUACUGUGCACCUGGGUCUGAUGCCCAGGCAGCCAUUCUGAAGUUCCAGGCUGGAAAGCACAAAUACGAGUUGGAUUUCAAAGCCUUUGUUCAGAAAAACCUGGUGUAUGGCACAGUCAGAAGGGUUUGCCGGAGACCCAAAUAUGUGUCUCCUCAGGAGGUGAAGGUGAAGCAAACCUGCAGUGUCAAGUUUCAAGGCCCAAAGAGCAUCCCAGACCAUUGGGACCCCUCAGCCCUGCCAGACCCUGGCUUCAAGAAGAUCGUCCUCAGUUCUGCAUCAGAUGAAUAUCAAAAGGUCUGGAACCUCUUUAACCGUACACUGCCUUUCUACUUUGUUCAGAAGAUCGAGCGAGUCCAAAAUCUGGCCCUCUGGGAAGUCUACCAGUGGCAAAAAGGGCAGAUGCAGAAGAGAAACGGAGGGAAGGUGGUAGAUGAGAGGCAGCUGUUCCAUGGCACCAGUGCUGGUUUUGUUGAUGCCAUCUGCCAGCAGAACUUUGACUGGAGGGUCUGUGGUCUUCACGGUACUUCUUAUGGCAAAGGGAGCUACUUUGCCCGCGACGCAGCAUAUUCCCACCACUACAGCAAAUCCGACACCAAGGCCCACACGAUGUUCCUGGCCAGGGUGCUGGUCGGGGAGUUCGUCCGAGGCUGUGCCUCCUUCGUCCGCCCCCCUGCCAAGGAGGGCCACGGCAACGUCUUCUAUGACAGCUGUGUGAACAGUAUGUCCGACCCCUCCAUCUUCGUGAUCUUCGAGAAGCACCAGAUCUACCCUGAGUACAUCAUCCAGUAUGCCAGCUCCAGCAAGCCUGUGUCGGGGGCCUCCACCUUCUUCUCCUUAGCAUCUUUCUUUGGCGGUCGGCAGUGAGCGUGCAUUGAUGCUUUUAGUGCCUUUAAGGCUUAUUCUCCUUGGAGUAGCUAUUUGGGAAAGUUUUCUCUCUCUCUCUCUCUUUUUUUUUUUUUAACAGAAAACCUUUUAAUGAACUGUUCAUUUAACAUUGACUUCCUGAUGAAGUUACGUUCUUAAUCUCUUGCUGAUGAUAGGUUUUGGUUUUAAGCCACUUUUGGGCUCAUUAGUAGACUGAAAGUGAUUGUAGGUGGGCCUAUUACUGCUUUUUAGUAGUGUGUUAAAAUUUUAUUAUUUACACUCUGUUGACUCUGCGGCUGAUGGGCACCAGGCACAGAGUUUCUAGAUACUAUUUUAUGGAUUGAUUUUAAAUUUCAGUUUCUGUGUCUGCAGUGAGUGAUUUGGUUUUUUCAGGGUCUCUGUGGCAUCUCAUUUAAUUUUUUUGUCAGAAUGACACAGUAGUCAUCAGUAAGGAGGUAGUCACCUGUGUCUGUUGCUCUGGCUCUGAUCCAGGCAGCCAGGUCUUCUCCUGGGCUUCUGGCCUUGGAGCGGCCCUUAUAUCACAUGGUUAGAGCAAGUGGCUACUGAGC